AUGAUUGACACGGAGAAUCUCAACCAGGUGCUGAGCACUGAUAUCUGCACCCCGAUACCUGAAGCAACAGUAUCCAAGAUCAUUUCCCGGCCGCCCUUCGUCACCGUGCCCGGAGUCUCCAAUAUCCGAGAUCUCAGCCAUGACAACGGAGUACGCCCGGGUUUCGUCUACCGGUCUGGGAACUUAUCUGAUGUCACAGACGAGGGGAAAUCAAUUCUAGUCGGUCGGAUUGGGGUCAGCACGGUUUUCGAUCUGCGGAAUCAAUCAGAGAGAGAGAAAGCCCCGAGUCCCGAAAUCGAGGGCAUCAAAACAAUAUGGAUGCCGUACGGCGUUCGCCCUGCAUCAUUGAGCCUGCGGGACUUUGCCGGAAAGGAUCAUAGCGCUAUUGGGUUCGUGAAGAUGUAUAUGGGGAUUUUGGACUCUGCCGCUCCGGUCUUCUGCCAGGUAUUCCAACACGUUCAGAACUGUCCCAAUGAUCCGUUUAUCUUUCAUUGUUCUGCCGGGAAAGACCGCACAGGGGUAUUGGCCAGUCUCAUUCUUCUUCUCGUCGGACGUUCCCAUAACGAAAUUAUUACCGACUAUAUCCUCACCCGCGUCGGACUGGAAAAUGUUCGAGAGAAUCUCCAGCAGAUGCUUGAUCUCAACCUUGGAACAGAUCAAAUGCAGCCCGAAGUGGUUGGGUACUUGGAAUUGAGUGGCGUUCGGCCCGGCGCCAUGGCGGCUUUUCUCAAAACCUUUGAGGAGACUUACGACGGUGGCGUCGAGGAAUAUUUGACCGAGAAACUUGGCUUCUCUCGUGCCGACGUGGAAAUGAUGCGGCGAAACUUGGUGAAUUAG